UAGUGACGUAAGCGACGUAUAUUCCUUCCGUGCGGCUACGUCUCAACGUUUUACUCUUCUGCUUCCCCAGGGGUGAGGUCUCGAGUCGAGGGCUCUCGAAGUCGACCGCUUACUGAAUAAAUCUGUGAUAUGUAAAAUGCCUUACAUACGGAGAUCUGGUUUGACUAGCCACUUAGUUUUUGCCAUUGCAGCUGCUGCAUUGGGUUCUUCAUUCCAGCAUGGUUAUAAUACAGGUGUUGUCAAUGCUCCAGAAAAAUUGGUUCAAGAAUUCAUCAAUGAAACAUAUUCAGCAAGAUUUGGAGAGAGAGCAGAUAAACAAACUAUAACAAUAAUUUAUUCUAUUAUGGUCUCCAUUUUCUGCGUGGGUGGAAUGGCGGGUGCUCUAAUGACUGCAUAUAUAGCAGAGAAAUUUGGAAGAAAGAAGGGCUUGCUGUUAAAUAAUGUGUUUGUUUUUAUUGCUGCUGCUUUUAUGGGAUUUUCCAAGUUGUGCAGAUCAUAUGAAAUGCUCAUUUUCGGUCGUUUUUUUAUUGGUCUUAAUUCUGGUUUGAAUGCCGGUCUUGCUCCAAUGUAUUUAACAGAAAUAGCUCCUUUGCAUCUGAGAGGUGCGGUUGGUACAAUUUAUCAGCUAGUGGUUACCAUUUCAAUUCUUGUAUCACAGGUUCUUGGAUUACCUGAGAUUCUUGGAACAUCAGAUAGAUGGCCAUUUUUAUUUGCUAUGACAAUAGUACCAGCAAUCUUCAUGCUUGUCACAAUGCCACUUUGUCCUGAAUCCCCAAAAUAUAUACUCAUCACGCAAGGAAGGGAUGUUGCCGCACAAAAAUCUUUAACUUGGCUAAGAGGUACAAUUGAAGUACAUGAUGAGAUGGAUGAAAUGAGAGCAGAAUACGAAUCUAUGAAAUUAGUUCCAAAGGUAACACUGUAUGAGAUGUGGCAUAACCCGAGUCUUCGCCAACCACUCUUUAUAGCGGUUGCUGUGAUGUUAUCGCAACAAUUAUCUGGUAUUAAUGCUAUUAUUUUCUUUUCUACUGGAAUAUUUGGUGAUGCUGGAUUGAAAGAAGAUGAAGCACUCUAUGCUACUUUAGGUAUGGGUAGUAUCAAUGUAGUGAUGACAAUAGUUUCACUAAUUCUCGUGGAAAAGUCUGGAAGACGUACACUUCAUCUUGUUGGCUUAGCAGGAAUGUGUAUCUCAACUAUUUUAUUAACGCUCUGCCUGAAACUAAAGGAUGAAGCACACUGGUUAUCAUAUUUCAGCAUAGUAUUGGUUAUUUUCUUUGUGAUUAUGUUUGCUACUGGACCUGGUUCAAUUCCUUGGUUUCUUGUAACUGAAUUGUUUGGCCAUGGAGCUAGACCAAUUGCAACUAGUAUUGCUGUUGCAGUUAACUGGAGUGCUAAUUUUAUUGUUGGUCUUUGCUUUCUACCAUUAAAGAAUUUGAUAGGAGAAUAUAUCUUCCUCAUCUUCUCGGCACUUCUGGUGGUGUUUUUGAUCUUCACAUAUAAGAAAGUUCCUGAAACAAAGAAUAAGACUGCUGAAGAGAUUGCUGCAUUAUUUCGUCAAAAGGCCUAUCAAUGAGUUAUAAACACUAAUAUUGUGAUGUGUGUAUAAACAAG